AAAGAAAAAUCAAAGAACAAGUGCAAGAUUUAAAUAAUAGCACGGUUGUGCAACUUAAUGAAAAUUCCAAAGUAGCAAUCCAAGACUAUCCUUCAAUUAAUAGCAAUGAAGAAUCAAUCCUAAUAUACUCUAUUAAUAGAAAGAAUAAAAUCAUUCAGAUUGAUGAUA